GGGCCUCGGCCGGCGGUCUGCAGCCGUGGGGGGAGGCGGCAACAUUGUUUCAAGUUGGAUAAAUUGUCAAGGGCUGGGCUUCCCGUGCGUUCCAUCCCGAGCCCGGGCUGCGGUGCUCACCUUGGCCCCCGGGUCCUCCGCCCCGAGAGUCGGGCCCGCUUUUUUCAGGGUUCCCGGGUCCCGCUCCCGGGGGGCCUGAGCCGCCUCACUAGCGCUCCAUGGAGAACUUCCAAAAGGUGGAGAAGAUCGGAGAGGGCACGUACGGAGUGGUGUACAAAGCGAAGAACAAGUUGACGGGAGAAGUGGUGGCGCUUAAGAAAAUCCGGCUCGACACUGAGACGGAAGGUGUACCCAGCACUGCCAUCAGAGAGAUCUCUCUGCUUAAAGAACUUAAUCACCCUAAUAUCGUCAAGCUGCUGGACGUCAUCCACACAGAAAAUAAGCUUUACCUGGUUUUUGAGUUUCUGCACCAGGAUCUCAAGAAAUUUAUGGAUGCCUCUGCUCUCACUGGCAUACCUCUCCCCCUCAUCAAGAGCUAUCUGUUCCAGCUGCUCCAGGGCCUAGCAUUCUGCCAUUCCCACCGGGUCCUGCACCGAGACCUUAAACCCCAGAAUCUGCUUAUCAAUGCGGAGGGGUCCAUCAAGCUGGCAGACUUUGGACUAGCAAGAGCCUUUGGAGUUCCUGUUCGUACUUACACUCACGAGGUGGUGACCCUGUGGUACCGAGCACCCGAAAUUCUUCUGGGCUGCAAGUACUACUCCACAGCGGUGGACAUCUGGAGCCUGGGCUGCAUCUUUGCUGAAAUGCACCUAGUGUGUACCCAGCACCAUGCUAAGUGCUGUGGGGAACACAGAAGAAAUGGAAGACACAGUCUCUGCCCGCUGUGCUCCUAUCUAGAAGUGGCUGCGUCACAAGGAGUGGGGAUGACCGCAGUGUCUACCCCAUACCCCGUGACCCGCCGGGCCCUAUUUCCUGGGGAUUCCGAGAUUGACCAACUCUUCCGGAUCUUUCGGACUCUGGGGACCCCAGAUGAGGUGGUUUGGCCAGGAGUUACUUCUAUGCCUGAUUAUAAGCCAAGCUUCCCCAAAUGGGCUCGGCAAGAUUUUAGCAAAGUUGUGCCUCCCCUGGAUGAAGAUGGACGGAACUUGUUAUCGCAAAUGCUGCACUAUGACCCCAACAAGCGGAUCUCAGCUAAAGCAGCCUUGGCACACCCCUUCUUCCAGGAUGUGACUAAGCCAGUGCCCCACCUUCGACUCUGAUGCCUUCCCAUGGUCCUCUUCACUGAGCCUGACUUGACUCAGGUCAGCCCUCUGCUCUCUUCUGGCUGUCUGGGCACCUUUUCUUGUUGGCCAGCCAGU